AUGGCGACAGCUGUACCACUAGGCAGCCUACGACCGGAGCAGCCGCCAUCACUGAUGUCCCGGGAAACACACUCAGAAACGCAGAGCUACACCCCUGAGGUUUGGCAUGUGAAGUUCCGAGGCUUCAGACACACAGGGAGGUCUAACCCCAUCCGAAGUCUGAGGAGGCUGUGGAGGCUGUGCUACCAGUGGCUGAGGCCAGACCUGAAUAGCACAGAGGAGAUACUGGAUCUACUGGUGAUGGAGCAGUUCAUGGUGUCCAUGCCACUGGAAUUGCAGGCCUUCGUGAAGGAGAACGGAGUGAAGAGCUGCAGAGAGCUGAAAAAGAUGCUGAGGGAAAGAAAACACCAUCUGUGGAUAAGCAAGGUCUCUGCUGUGGGCUCAGGGAAGGACCACCAUGGGGCCUGUGCUGACCUGGAAGCAGAACACUCGUCCAUAAUCAACUCCCAAGAGCAGACAUACCUCCUUCCGGAAUCCAGUGUUGAGGCGGCUGAAGUCCCAGAGCAUGAUAUGGAAUUGUCACAAGAACCCCUAUCAGAUGAGACUGAGGAGCCUUUCAAUGGAGGCCAGGCUGGUCCAGGGCUACAGAACAUGUCAGAGCCUGAAGAGCCAUCCACCAGUCAGGAAGAGGAAGUUUCUCAGGGGAUGAUGGCAGAGAGCAGGGAGUCUGCACUCGUGAGUCCUGGGCAGAGUCCAUGGAGUGAGUCCCAGCCCGUCGUGUUUGUCCAUCAGGGCCUCCAACUGAUACAGUCUCCUGCAGGUUCUCUGACAGUAAAGGAUGUGGUGACGCCCCAAAAAGAUGCAAACGUGAAUGCUGUCACAUUGUUCGCCCAUGUCCUGCAAAGGAAUUUAGCCUUCAGUAGAGCUCAUCAGAUUCUUCAUUAUCUCCAAAGAGACAACCGUCCCACUGCCCAAGGAGCCGCCUUGGAUACGGGCAGCAGCGGCCAUAAGCUAGAGCAUGCUCAGCCACCACCGCCUGAAAAGCCAGUCGUUGAACAACUCCCUGAGCAGGCUCUGCCGUUCCGGUGCAGCGAAUGCAAGAAAGGUUUCCUUUACAGGUCUCAGCUCACCAUCCACCAGAGGUCACACACAGGAGAGAGACCCUUCCAGUGCAGCCAUUGCAGCAAGGCGUUCGUGCAGUCCUCAGACCUGAAAGUCCACCAGCGCACCCACUCGGGUGACAAGCCUUACGUGUGUAACAUCUGUAACAAGAGCUUCGCCUAUGAGUCCACACUGCUGGGUCAUGGUCGGGUGCACACCAAGGAGAAGCCCUUUGAAUGCGAGGACUGUGGGAAACGCUUCAGCUACAAAUGCAACCUCAAAGCCCAUCGCCACAUCCACAGCGACCUGAGACCCUACACUUGUCAGGAGUGCCCCUUAACCUUCCGGCAGCAGGGGACUUUGAAAAGACACAUGAAAAUCCAUUCAAGAAUGGCCUCUGUGUGA